CUCCCCUCCCUCCUUCGCCCCACCACCUCCCGCGCCCUCCACCUCCGCAUCACCCCCCGCCCCUCCACCCUCGGCGAAACCCGCGAAAUCCUGCGCCUCGUCUCCCAAUUCGGCGAAAUCGAAUACUUCAAAAACCUGAAAUACGACGUCCUCACGCACCCACAAGCGAUGUUGGUCAUCUUCCGGGAGGAGAGUGCGGCGCGGGAGUGUUUCAAGAAGAGUCCGAUCCGGUUUCGGAUGGGCCGGGCAGUGACACCAGCACCAGCACCAGCACCAGCAUCAGCACCAAUGACGCAGAGGGGUGGAGAUGGUGCGGAGGGAGAGGGGAAGGAGGGAGAGGGGAAAGACGGGACGGCGAUGGCAGAGGAUGGGUGGCGGAUGUUUCAAAUCACCAACCGCAUGGCCCGCGUUCACUUCCGCGAUAAGAUCAACGCGAUGGAAUGUCAUGGUAGUUUCGCGGUUGAUACCAAAACCGCGGCGCAGCAGGAUUUGAAGGAUCGCGUGCCGGCGGUGGGGCUGAGUGAUUUGAACUUCCGUAAGGCGGAGAAGCCGUGGGGGGUGGCGAGGAGGCAGAGGGAGCGGGAUGCGGCGUUCAAUGGGAGUGGGAGGAGGAGGUCGUUGAUGGAGGUUUAUGAGGAGGCUUGGGGG